AUGGCUACUGAACUGCGUGCACCUACCGACAAAGAGCUCGCCGAGUUUGUUUAUACCAAGACAUUAGCUCAAGACGCUCGUGACAAGAGUAUCAAUGUCCUUGGGAGGUUGGCGAAAUCUCCCACCGAUGAGCCUCAGAAUGCCAUUCUUCUGUUCCAGAGAACAGCAUUCGAUGAAGGUGAAAUCCUUGACACUUCCUCCAGGUUUCAUACAUGGAAACCAAUCGAGUUCAAUGACAUCUAUUAUCGCUACACCGGCCAAAUGCAUGACAUUGAAAGAUAUCCUGCUUUUAAAGCAACUCUAAUUUGGCCCGCAACCGAGGCU